AUGCAAAGAGUAGUGAGGUUUGGUUGCAGCACCAUUAAUAAAUUAGAAAGUGAAUUGAACAAAAUUGAAAAAAUCUCUUUCAAAGAAAGAUAUCUAUCAUUUCAAAGAGAAUGGAAUGAAUUCAAAAAUAGAGCAAAAGAAAUGUAUUUAUUUGCACUUAUCAAUCUAAUCUAUAGGCCUCCAAGAAUGCCAACUAAUAGAAAAAGAUUCAAUUUAUUAGCAAAACACAUAGAAUACUUGAGUGAGAAUGAAUUUUAAUAUCUGAAUUACAUUUUGUAGAAACAAGUGCUCAAUAAACCUGAUUAUGCUGAGUUUUCUUUAGGUAUCUCCAAAGAUGAUGCCCAAGUUGGUCCUGGAGUGUGGCCAACAGCACAUCCUUAAUGGCUAUAAUAAUAAGAAAUCAUAGCCAAAUUAUGGCCUUUGGGGUAAUAAGGAAUUGCAACAUUAUUCUCUGAAGUUGUUGGAUUUGGAAGUGGAGUCGGAGCAGGAGGAGCUUAAGCUGCAGCUGCCAAUUCUGAGGCUUCUGCAAAAGAGGAGAAAAAGGAAGAGGCUCCUAAGCAAGCACCAAAAGAGGCUGCUAAAGCUAAUUACGAUGUUAUUCUUGAUUCUAUCGAUGCUGCAUAAAAGAUCAAAAUUAUUAAGGAUGUCAGAGCCAUGUUCAAUUUGGGUUUGAAAGAAGCCAAAGACUUGGUUGAAAAGUUGCCUGCCAAUUUAAGUAAAUAGAUGAAGAAGGAUGAUGCAGAAGAAUUGAAGAAAAAAUUGGAAGCUAUUGGAUGCACAAUUAAGUUGGUGUGAGAGUAUAUUAUUAAUCAUCAUUACAUUAUUAUAUUAUUGGUGUAAACCUUGAUAA